CCGGUUCCACUUCCUCAGUAUCCAAUCCAACUAUCCAUCCAUCUCGCCCCGCAGCUGUGCUCCAAAAAGAAAAGAAAAAUCUCGCCCCGCCCCCAAACCAAACCCUCACCGGCCGGCGCGGAUGGGAGCACCCAGCGGCGGCGCUCUCGCCGAUCCUCUCUUUGCAGUUCGCGCCUCACACAUCUGAUUGGCCGCUCGUUUCCUCCCCGGAGAUGGCGACGGGAUCCAUGGAGGCGGCCCUCAUCGGCGACCCGACGGCCAAGCUCCCCGACGACCUCCUUGUCGAGGUCAUCUCCCGCGUGCCGUACAAGUCGACCUGCUGCUGCAAGUGCGUCUCCACGCGCUGGCGGGACCUCAUCUCCCACCCCGACCACCGCAAAAUAUUUCCCCGGUCGACCCUUGCCGGCUUCUUCUACACAACCCUCGCCACGGACGACCAUCCACAUCUUUCUCAUGGUUACCGAAGCGUCUCCGGAAACUGGUGCCCUCAUGACGCCUCCCUCUCGUUCCCGUCCGAAUACGAGAGCCUUCAAAUCUUGGAUUGCUGCAACGGCCUCCUCCUCUGCCGAGCCCGGAAGUCGACUGACCCAGAGACACUGGAUGACCCCAAGACGCUGGAUUACGUGGUGUGCAAUCCCGCCACCGAGAAAUGGGUAACCGUGCCCGCCACCAAGUGGUCCUGGUUGGUGGACAGUGCUUGCCUAGGAUUCGACCCGGCCGUCUCCGCACACUUCUAUGUGUUCGAGUUGGUACCUGACAUUGCUUGGGAUCCGAGUAAGAGGGACCAUUAUAGCAUCAAAGCGGUUGGUAUUUACUCUUCCGAAUCUGGAGUUUGGACGCAUCCAAUUGAGAUACUCUGCUUAUCAGGUUGCGCGUUUUUGAGCAGAGUGUUGUAUCUAUGUCCUGAUAAUAAUUCAGUUGCAGCCGUCGACGUGGAAGGAAAUUGUAGGAUCAUUCCUAUUCCUACUUCACAUGAUGCCCCUGACUGUCCUAAUGUCUAUGCAUCACAGGGACAGUUGUAUCUCACAAUUCAGGGUGCUUCUGAACUAUCAAUCUGGGUUCUUGAAGAUUCUAGUAGUGAAAAUUGUUGGACCCUGAAGCUCAAUGUCAGCCACUUGCGACUGUUCGGAAUAGAGUAUUCUAGUUCUGAGCAAUAUUAUGGUGUUAUCUCAGCCCACCCAGAACACGAUGUGAUAUUCAUAAUCAAAGGAUUUAGAUUGUGGUACCGACCAGAGAAGAAAUUAUUUUCAUACGAUAUGGAUUCUGGGGAGCUGUGUUUCAUAUGUGAUCUUCCAUGGAAUUCCACGUGCCCUUAUCUUUCCUAUGUUCCUUUGUUCUCGGAGUCAUUGGCAGAUGGGCACUAAUUGUGCUAUGUAUUGGAGCCUCACAAUUGACAGCCUUUCUGAGGAUACUAGAGUUACAUUAAUGGUACCAGCAGGGAAGCAAGGGACUUGGGCAGAGCUUCAUGAAGUUGUGAUAAAGCGGUUGGUGCUUGACUGCACUCAUGUACUGGACUUAUGGAGCUAGCUAGCUAUUUAGUAAACUUAGUACUCUGUUUGUGUUCGAGUGGCCAUUUAUAGCAGCCACGCAGGCGUAACACCCUACUACUUAACUACGGAUAUUUUACCGUUUUCUUGGAACUAUUAUGAAUAUUUUAAUAUCUACGUUCAUCUCUCUGCUUA